UCAGAACUCAAAAAAGUUACGAACUUUCCAACGCGUUUAUCGUAAUUCAUGUAUAGAAAUUUAAAAUUCACGAUACACAUGCUAAACUAAUGAAAUAAGUGAAAUUAAAAAUUAGUAGGAAGACUAUUAUAUAAAUUAUUAAAAUGUAUUUAUAGUUAACAUUAAAAUGGCGGCCGAAAGGUAUCUGUGGUUAGCUACUGCUUUGCUUCGGCUGUGGCUGGGGGCUGGUGAUUUAUGUUACGCACAAUCCACGCUGCUCUCCUUCCAAGACCUGCUGCCUGAUGACCCAAGACUAUAUGACAAAAUGAGACCCCCAAAGAAGGAUGACCAGCCAACCAUCGUGAACUUCCACGUCACCGUGAUGGGACUUGACUCUAUCGACGAGAAUUCCAUGACAUAUGCGGCUGAUAUAUUUUUUGCCCAAACUUGGAAGGACUUUCGUCUUAGACUACCUGAAAACAUGACAACGGAAUAUAGGCUUUUAGAAGUGGACUGGCUGAAGCACAUGUGGCGACCAGACUCCUUCUUCAAGAACGCGAAGUCUGUCACCUUCCAGACUAUGACCAUACCAAACCACUAUGUCUGGCUUUAUAAAGAUAAAAGCAUUUUGUACAUGGUGAAGCUGACGCUGAAGUUGUCCUGUGCUAUGAACUUCCUCAUCUAUCCUCACGAUACUCAAGAAUGUAAACUACAAAUGGAGAGCUUGUCCCAUACAACAGACGACAUGAUAUUUCAAUGGGACCCCGAAGUACCGCUGGUGGUGGAUGAGAACAUAGAACUGCCCCAACUCGAGCUGGUGCAGAAUAGGACAGCUGAUUGCACGCAAGUCUACUCUACUGGUAACUUUACAUGCCUAGAAGUGAUCUUCAAACUGAAACGUCGCCUGGGUUACCACCUCUUCAACACCUAUAUACCAACAUGUCUCAUCGUUAUAAUGUCUUGGGUGUCUUUCUGGAUUAAGCCGGACGCUGCACCCGCGCGUGUGACUCUCGGUGUGACGUCAUUGCUAACACUUUCCACUCAACACGGGAAAGUUCAGUCCCAGCUUCCGCCAGUUUCCUAUUUAAAAGCUGUUGAUGCUUUUAUGUCCGUAUGUACUGUGUUCGUGUUCAUGGCACUGAUGGAGUAUUGUCUGGUUAACAUCAUACUCGAUGACGGCGGGAGAAAACCAAAGGAACCAGCUGAAGCCGCCAAAGCGAAACUGCGUGCUAUCAACAUUGAUCGUUUUUCCCGAGUUUUCUUCCCUCUUCUUUUCUCUGUACUAAACGCAACAUACUGGAUCCAAUUCGCCCAAUACAUAUGAUUAAUUAGAUUUAAAUUAACAUACGAGUGGACAAAUGACAGAAUUAAUGCAGGUGUUAUUGAGUCAACUACCGUGUACCGAUGUUCGGGCAAUUGGAUGGAAGUUAUGAAAUUUAGACGUUUGAAAAUAUCUUACUUUGGGGUCAUUAGUAUUGGAGACUUCGUAAGGAGAAUCUCACGUAGUGUGGAGGGUUUUUUUUUGGGACUUUGUUGUUUUCAUAAUUGCAGCAUCGGUACUCUUACCGUACAAAAAUAUUCUUUCUUAUAAGAACUUUAGUGCUCGAUUUUGAUUCAACAAGUAACUAUGGCUUAGUUUUAUUUAAAAAAUAUAUAUAUACACAUUUAAAAACACACGUUCUUUAUGAAAUAUCUUCUUCCGAAGGCUGGUGAUCAUUAUGUCUAAAUUUUGGAUGCCGCAAAUGGUUUGAUAUGGAGAAAUGGUCUUGUUGAAAUUUUUCUUAACCUCUGAAUUGCCCACCGUAGAUUGCUUUGUUUCAUGAAUUACUGAAUGCAGAAUAAAAUGGUGACUAUUAUUUAUAAGUAAGUUAGGUUGAGUGACUUAACGGUAACUACAAUAAAAUAUGUGUUACUACGAAAAUACAGAAGUGCAGUAGUGCCGAUUGAUAAAAUUCUGAUUCUCUAGAUCGUGUUAUUUAACUGAAAAAUAGUGUAGUGUAGUUCAUCUUUAAAAUAAAAGAAAAAGAAGAUGAAGUAGAAAAUUCUACUUUGAAAAUGUUAUAAUGAGGAUUACUUUAAGGCCUUGCUUAGAAAUAUGUACCAUAUAAUUUUGCCUUAGUUACAUUGUUGAAGUCACAAAUUGGUGAAGACUUUUUGAAAUCCUAGACCGUGUAGCGUUUUUUUUAAAUUCUAUAUGCUUAAAUUGUUGCAACAUCACAUUAUGUAAGAAUUAAUGAAUAAAUUGAAAUAUUAAUAUAUCAUAAAUAAUCUAUAAAUUUAAUUUAAUAGUAUUCCAACCAAUUUUUUUUAAUACAGGGUGCUUCGUCCAUGGACACUUACAUUGACCAAAGUCUCGCGAUUGCGUUCCUGGCCUUUUAGGAAUUGGUUCUCUCUUUUUGUUCGGUACCUUAUUUAAAGUAUAUUACGUUUGUCAUACAAAAUGACGAUUAUAUAUAGAUGGUAUACUACUUUUAGUAUACCAUGUAUAUAAGAGAUACAAUUCUAUAUGCCGUAAAUAUAAGUCUCAGUAUUUAAUAGAGAAUGCAAGGGAAUUGUUUUUAAUUAUAAACAUCUAUUUGACUUAGCCACAAACAUUUUGUUAAAUCUUAGUUUACGUAAUAUUAUUAUUAUAUUAGCUUCUAGAUGCAAUAAUAUGAAACUUGUUAAAUUUUUACAUUAUCUUGAAUAAUCACAGAUUAUAAAUACUAUAGCAAUGUUUCUUUUUUCUUAGUGGCCAGUAAUUUUUAUAUAGAUAA